UAUUAGAGGUGAGGUACGAGGGUCAGGAAGACCAUUGUUUACCUGGGUCUUCUUGUGUUUUAAAGGAGACGGUAAGAGUCAUGUUUGUGGCUAAAAGUCUGCCAGCAGAGCAUAAGGAUCUCAUCCAUGAUGUGGCUUUCGACUUCUAUGGACGACGAAUGGCCACUUGUUCCAGUGACCAGAGUGUCAAGAUUUGGGACCUGAACGAGGAUGGAGAAUGGGUGUGCACUGCAUCAUGGAAGACCCAUUGUGGCUCUGUAUGGAAGGUGACUUGGGCCCACCCAGAGUUUGGUCAGAUCAUUGCCACUUGUUCAUUUGACCGAACAGCGGCUAUAUGGGAAGAAAGUGUGAGUGACUCUGGGCAUGGCGUCCACAGCACAUGGAUAAAGCGAGCUGGCCUGGUGGACUCGCGCACAUCUGUCAUGGAUGUCAAGUUUGCUCCCAAGAUUCAGGGUCUGCAGUUAGCCACAUGCUCAGCUGGUGGGGUGGUGCGUAUAUAUGAAGCUCCUGAUGUGAUGAAUCUUAACCAGUGGUCACCACAGUAUGAGAUGAAUUGUAAACUACAGUGUUCCUGCAUUUCAUGGAAUCCUUCACCCUCUAGGCUUCACUCACCUUUGAUUGCAGUAGGCAGUGAUGACCCUAAUCCUUCCUCAGGUGGGAAAGUAUUUAUCUAUGAAUUUUCUGCUAACACUCACAAGUGGACCAAAGUAGAAACUCUGGUCACUGUGACAGAGCCUGUCCAUGACCUGGCUUUUGCUCCUAAUCUUGGCCGGUCAUAUCAUCUCUUGGGGAUUGCCACUAAGGAUGUCAGGAUUAUUGCUUUGAAACCUGUCAGACAAGACCCAACACAGAACAACGGCAGCACUUCAAGCCUUGAGGUGCGUCAAGCAGGACAGUUUGAUGACCAUGGUUCCACAGUGUGGCGAGUAUGCUGGAAUAUGACAGGAACCAUCCUAGCCUCCUCUGGAGAUGAUGGAUGUGUUCGCUUGUGGAAAGCCAAUUACUUGGACAUAUGGAAGUGUAUCUCAACUCUCCGUGGCGAGACAGUUGAAAAUGUCAGCGAGGUGGGCACCACGGGAGGACCGUCUCAACAGUCAGGAACAAUGGCCAUAGGGCAACACACAGCAAGAUACUUCAAGUUGGCACCCACAGCACAUCCAGCCCAUGUACCCUGGCAUUAAUUAAUGUAACACAUGAUACACUUGUGAUUUGAUAAAUAUGGAUAAAUGUUGAAUUAACUUGGGAGAAAUACUCUUACUGUGCCAUGGUAUUGUUUUCUGUUUAUAUAACUGAUUAUAAUAAUUUAAUUAGAACAAAAACUGUAAUUUAUAAUCUACAUAAUGAACAAGCAAAAUAUGUAAAUAUGUGUGCUAUAAAAACAUCAAUUAUCAUUAGGCUUUCUCUACAAAUGUUAAGUUACCAUAUAAGAAUUUCUAUGCACAGUGAACUGUUCUACAAAAUGUUUCCACGUUUUUAAUAUGUUUAUUAAUAAAAGAGUCAAAUUAUGUG